UAGCUCCAAGAGGUUCUCUCUUGAGUAGCCUCUUUCUCCACCUUCAAAAGAAUCAUAUUUUUCUUUCUGAUUUUUGUCCAAGUGUUUAUGGAAUCAAGAAUCUGGACUAAUCUACCAUAUUUUAUCACUUGUAGCCAUCUACACAUGAAGUAUUUGAAUCUGGAAAUUAUUUUAAGUUUAAAGAAACAUCACUUACUGUAAAAGUCAAUCUUUUUAGACAUGGCUGAACAUGGACUUGCACCUACUCUUACUGAAAUACCUCCUAUAGUUCCAGUUAUCAAUGGGGACUCCAUGCAACAGAUGGAGAAUUAUCAUCUGGACACCACUGUUGGAACACAGUAUACUACAAAUUAUUCACAAAUGAUGACUCAUCCCAAGAGAUAUACAAGAUGGCCUUCUUGUCCACAAUACUGGAUACAACAAAUUAUAUUGGUGCAAGUUAACCCUGGGGAGACCCUCACCCUCAAGUCUGAUGAUGGGAAUAUUCAGAAUAUCCAAGGACCCGCUGAUGUACCUCUAAUGUCACCAAGUGGCACUUUGCCACCAAUAUAUCUUCCUCCUGGUUACAUGUCUCAGAUUUUUUUACAAAUGUGGAAUAAUGAGUGUACAAGACUAUUCAUUACAAUAUUCUUUAUAAUCUCAGAAGGUUGGAAACAACUCGCGCUUGUUAAUGGAGAACUGUGUAUAAUGGAGGACAUCCAUAUAAUGGAGUACUAUGCAGCUGUGCAAAAACGUGGAGAAGUUCUAUGUACUGAUAUAGAAAGAUCUUUAGGAUAUAUUGCUAAGUGUAAAAAGCAAUCUACAGAUGAAUGCAUAACAGAAGGUGGAAAGUCAUGCUGUUUCAGCAUUGAGAAACCUAUAGUUUCUGAUAUUCAAACAAGAUCUGCUGUUAUUUCAUGGAAACUACAUGGUUCUAAGAAGUGUAAUCACACCAAAUCUCCUGUGACAUUUGAACUGGCAAUAUCUAACAGUGGUAAAAAUGGAAACUAUAAAAAUCUAUAUAUUGGUGAUGGAGUUACAUUUACUCUACUUGAUCUACAACCAUCCAUGGCCUAUUUUGUAAGAAUCACAACCAUAAGAGGCUCAGCACACAGAACUGUGUCUGAACUGGUUAGCUUCACAACUCCAGGUUGUGAACCAGACCCUCCACCUGCACCCAAACUAAUUAACCGAUCCAAGAGCAGCCUGAAUUUACAGUGGAAAGGUUCCAAUGAUAAUGGUUCCAAAAUAAAUGGCUUCCUUUUGGAAUGGGAUGAGGGCAAAGGUGAAGACUUCAAAAGUUGCUAUAUGGGUACCAUGAAACAGUACAAAAUCCUUAAACUAAAUGCUUCCACAAAAUAUUCAUUCAGAAUAGCUGCCAAAAAUAACUUUGGCUUGAGUGAUUUCAGUGAAAUAGCAGUUUUCCAUACAUCAGGAACUAUGCCUCCAACACCUUUACCUCCUAAGCUAAAAGAAGCAGGAAUCUGUUAUUUGUCACUAGAAUGGUGUGCUCCAACUAACACAAACCCAAAUGACAGUCUUACUUAUGUACUAGAAAUGGAGGAAGAAGGAUCUGGCUUGGGUUUUAAACCUAAAUAUAAUGGAGAAGACCUCUCAUGCACUAUAAGAAAUCUUCAGAGAAGUACUACAUACAAAUUUAGGAUUUUUGCCUACACUUUGGAAGGAAGGAGUAACCCCAGUGGAGAAGUAAAAUACACUACUUGUCCAGAUAAGCCUGGAUCCCCUAAAAAACCAUAUAUAAAGGGAAAGAUCUAUGCACACAGAGUAAAAAUUGGAUGGGAACCACCACAAGAUAAUGGUGGUACAUACAUUUCAAGUUACAGUUUAGAAGUUAGUGAAAAUUCAGAUGUGAAUUCCUGGAAGAUAAUCUAUAAUGGAACCACAAAGGAAUUUCUAUAUGAUCACCUGCAACCUGGUAAUACAUAUAAACUGAGAGUCUUUUGUACUUCACCUAUAGGUCAAAGCCAGCUUUCAGAUAUACUGACUACUCAAACACCUAAUCUUUCUCCUGCAUCUUGCCAUCCUCCACCCUUGAAUGGUGCGGCAAAGACCAGAGAAAACAACAUCAAAUGUGACAAUCCUCCUACUAAUGGAAACUCGGAAGCAUUUGCAAAUGUCAAAAAGGCAGAAGGUAACCAAGAUGACAAACGAAGGCAUCCUGGCUCCAAAGUGAGAUGCACAUCUGGAUCUCAUUCAAUGAAGUGUGAAAGUGCACCAGUUCCAAGCCCUCCUUCUCAAUGUGGUACACCUGUGGUAACCUGCAAGGGUCCAACCUGCAUUGCUGUUAGUUGGGAGAUUCCUGUAUGUAAUGGUGCCGAAAUCACAGAUUACAGACUAGAGUGGGGAAAAACUGAAGAAUCGAUGCACUUGAUAUAUACUGGCCCUUGUCUGAGCUAUGAAGUUAAAGGUCUCAUUCCUGCAACUACAUAUUUUUGCAGAGUUCAGGCUGUAAACGUAGCUGGAGUUGGACUGUUUGGAGGAACUGGCAGAGUAACCACACCAGCAACUGUACCAGCAGUAGUACCAAUGCUACAUGAAGUUGAAAACAAAGUUCCUGCCAAAUUGGCAUCAUCUUGCAUUGCUAUUAAAUGGGAGGAACCAGAUUGCCAUGGCUCUCCAAUCACUGGAUAUAACAUUGAAUACGGAGACAGAAAAAUUCAGACUGUUGAUAGAGUAACAGAAUGUCUUCUGAAAAACCUACAGCCUGAUACCACAUACAUAAUCAGAAUUCAAGCCAUCAAUCAUUAUGGACUAAGCCCUUUUAGCCAAUCAAUAAGAACCAAAACCAAGCCACUACCACUUGAUCCUCCACAUCUUGAUUGUGUGGUCUAUGGACACUAGAGCCUCAAACUGAAAUGGGGUAACUCUUCAAGCAAAGGAUUACUUUCCAACCUUAUAAGCUACAAUUUGUUAAUAGGAGAUCGAUCUGGCAGAUUUUCUAUAAUUUACCAUGGACCUUGUCAGACUCACAAAGUGAACAGACUGAGUGAAUAUACUCAAUACAAAUUUAAAAUACAAACAUGCAAUGAAGCUGGUGAGGGACCACUGUCUGGUAUCUACACUUUCACUACAACCAAAACUCCACCAGCCGCACUUAAAGAGGAAAUUGUAUAUGUAACUGUGGUUUCAGUGUAUCUGUGGGAGGAGAUGAUUUCAGGAGCCUUUUGUGUCACCAACUUGGAUCAGAAUCCCAAUGUCAUUGCUUUUCUGAAGUUCUAA